UUAAUAUUAUGAACUUUGUUUUACUUAAAUUCAAUGAAAGUCUAUUAUCUUCAAAACACUUUUUUAAGACUAUCAAUUCAAUUUCCACUGUAUCCAGACGCUGUUCCAAAUUUUUCCCCGAACAACAUAAAUUUGUAUCAUCUACAAACAAGACCGUUUUUAAUACUUUAGACAUUUUAUAAAUAUAAUUUAUAUACAGUACAAACAAUUUGGGUCCUAGCACCGAACCUUGUGGAAUACCACAAGUGACUUUCAUUAGGUCUGAUUUAACAUUAUUUAUUUGUACAAAUUGAUAUCUAUCAACAAGGUAACUUCUUAACCAAGAGAAGGCUUUUCCUCUUAUACCAUAUCUCUCCAGUUUCAUUAUUAAUAAGCCGUGAUCAAUAGUGUCAAAUCUUUUUUUUAAAUCUAGGAACACCCCCACAGUAUAUUCAUUAUUAUGCAUUCCAGUGGAAAUCUCUUCAGUUCAUUGAGGUUGAACUAUUAGCUCUAAAGCCAUACUGAUGAUCACUCAAUAAAUUGUGUUUAUCUAUAAAAUUAUCAAGCCUGUGUACAAAUAAUUUCUCUAUGAUUUUUGAAAACUGGGAAAGCAGAGAAAUUGGUCUGUAAUUGGAAAAAAAGAUGUCUAUCUCCAUUUUUUAAAAUAGGAAUAACUUUUGCUGUUUUCAAAUGACUUGGAAACAUGACCAUCUGCUCUUUGUGCUUAUUUGUAAUGAAUAAUUUCCUCUAAAAUUGUGAAUGCUCCAUUGUUCCUGAUGUGUUAUGUUGUAAAUUGGUUGCAAGUUGAUUUGUACUCAUAAGGAGUCUGUUUUAUGGUCUGAAAAACAUUUGGUACACUUUGGUUUUAGAAAACAAAAAAAACAGAUUUUUCAUAAAAACAGGUCUAUUGCUCGUUGCACCCACAUUAUGAAUUCAUGUUUAUUUCAUGGAUUUCAAUUUAUUUUGAUCAUGAGCCUCAGGAUCAUCAAUGGUAGAGUUUUCUUGGGUCAGCAGGGGGGUCAAAAGGUGGUUAAAAGGUGGUUUCACUUGUUUACAUUAUGUUUCCGUGACAACACAUCCUGUGCAGUGAUGUUAGACGUGUAUCCCUCUCAGUAAGGUGCAGCAGACCAUUGUUCCAUUAACCCCUGGCCAAAUAUUGCCAAGUUACACCGAUUUGACGCAUUCAUUUUAAGGUGGUUUAGUGGGCACAGGUCAAACAAACUUUGAUGCCAGUUCAUGAAUCACAGUGAUGAACAAUGCAAAAGAGGAGAGUAAAACAAAAGAAUUAGAAUAUGAUUCAUCAUUCAUUGCAACUUUUUGCUGUUGCCCAUGGCCUGUAAAAACCGCACCUUCAUCCAUGAUGGAACGACAGCUGACACCCUGCCUCUGGAUAAAAGCUCCUCGAAUUAAAGUUUACACUUCAUUCACCAUCAGUACCACUCCGUGACUUCAGAUUCACCCAGAGGAAUACUUCAUCAUUCAGUGAAUUUGAGCUGAUUAUUUAGACUUUGGUUUUAGACAUCAUACAGAGAUUGAGAUUCUUCAGGAUGGGGCAGACUGGGUUACUUUACACCGGGGCAGCGUUUUGCAUCAUGCUUUUUGUUGCAUCAAGUGCUCAACCCAUCACCAUUUCAGAUAUUCUUCAAGCAAUCCAGCCAGCCCCAAAGAUCUACCCCAUGCCUACAUAUUUAUUUUCCUUCUGUGUGGAGAUCAACAACCGCAUCUUCAAUGACUCGCUCCUCAACCCGACCACUAAAGAGUACAAGCAGAUGUAUGCAGAGGUGGUUGGAGCUCUGGACGUUAUCUUUAAUUGCACUUCCUGCAACACAAGAAACACCUACAGAGGAGUGACAGGCAUGCGGUUCAGUAAGGGGUCUGUGAUCGCAAAUUGCACCAUAUCAUUUAAGACCAUUUUUAUCAACAAUAUUGUGGUCAAAAAUUUGUUUCUUUUGGCCAUUGAAAGUAAUCCUCGACCAAACGGGCUUGAAUUGAACAAACAGUUCACCGGUGAAACAGUCACACCUAUUUGGUAUAAUCCAAAGACAGAAGCUUCGACAACUCCUAUGUCUAGAACAACUCACUCUGCAAUCAAGGACAUAGGUGGGGCCAGCAAAAGGCCAGCAGGAACUACAUAUUCCACAUCAAAAGAAUCUUCUGGGCAAAAAAACACCACCAAACGGGGAAAUGGCACUCAGACCGUCAUCCUGCCCAUUGCCACUGACUCACUGAUGCAUCACAAUUAUUAUGGGGUUCCUGGUUGGGCCAUUGGUUUGCUGGUGCUGGCUUGCAUCAUUCUACUGGUUCUACUCAUCCUCAUUAUAUUACUGAUAUGUUGUUGGUGCUGUAGGAGGAAACACAAAAAGGAAGAAACUACAAAGCAGACAGAACCUGCACCUUAUGAGAGAACAUCUUUUAAAGAACAUCUCGACAAUCCCCCAUACAAUCCACACGCAAUCCAGAAGGACCAAAACCUCCCAGUCUUUCAGGGAGAACCGGGGGGGCAACCGCCCAUGGAUUUAUAUGCUGAACCCAGGCAGAUGCUAAGCAGGACACCACUGUAAUAGAAAGCCAUGGAGAAACAGAUGCAAAUGAAGGUUCAGAAUGGUACAGAAGAUGCUGGACUCUUCUGCAAUGUGCACCUUGUAAAGUGUCAUCAUUACCAUGUAGAAAAUAAAGUAUUAUACCAGUGAUUUUAUUUUAUUUAUUAUACCAGUUUGUUUUUGAGUUUUGUUUUUGAGUUUUGUCAUUUUAUAAACAAGUUGUCCUCCACAACAUAUCUGUAAUUAAAAUGUAUUUGGCAAUUUCAAAGCAUUCCAGCAUUACAUAUAGUAAAGCAAUUAUGAAGCACAAUUCAUUUUGUAAAACUAAAAUGAUAUAACGAUUUAAAAGUUAACAUACAGAAAUAGAAAACCAUUGUUUUAGCCAACAGAAACUGCAAUUAAUAAAUUGGCAAAUAAAUAUUUAUGUGGCAACUUAUCCUGACCUGACAUUUGUGAAAAAUACCCUGGUCCUGAGACCAUAGUUCUACCUUUCUGUCAGAAUUUACCUUCAUAAUAGAUCUGACCAUUGCAAAGUAUGGUUUUAGCAUGUUCACUUGUUUACCCAUGAUCUACAACAAAAAUAUGAAGAGUGGAAAUCAAAUUCUGAACUAUAAGUGUUUGAAAUCAGCCUAGAAAACACCGCUGCUAGAGAAUAUAAGCAUUAAUUUAAUUGAAGUUUUGACUUGAAAACGUACUGAUAUUUAGCCCUUGUGAAAAUUUGCCAAAUAUUGUAACUAGCCCCGUUCUCCCCAAUAUAUGAACUCUUAUAUACAGUAACUCUUGCCUCAGUAAUGUACAGACUGUAGUUAAAGAGUAGAGCUCUUUAAUUCACAAGGCUCAUCUGAUUGAGGAUUUUAAAGGCUAUAUUUUUGAUACUAG